UCUAAUCCAGUAUUUCAGGUGCCGAAGUCGACCGAGCGACCAUUGCUCAACACCGCCGCGCGUCAGUGACGGACGCAGCAGGAACGGACUCGCUUCAAACCGGGGGAACGCAAGUGUAACGACACAGCUUUGCCCUGAGUGGAAAUUCUCGUGGAAAAAACAAGUCACACUAAAGCCAGAGUGAAGUUUCAGCGCCACAAGGCAACACGUUACAGCCUGGUCGGUGGACUUUUUCCGCUUCUCUACCUUUAACACAUUUUAACCAGAGACUCGCUCGGCUUCUCGGCUCCCCCGAAACUCAGGCGAAAUUCUCAAACUCCUGCUCUGUCCGCAUUAAAGGAUAUAACCGCUUCUUAUUUUUUGGUGGUUAUUACUCUCUCGGAGCCCAGCCACGUUUCCUGGAUAAAACUACGAGCAAACUUCUGAGAGGGACAAAUAAUUGCAUCUGAAUGUCUGCAAGAGCACCAGGAUCAUGUCGGAAAACUUGCUGAUGGAGGGUUUGCAACCCCUUCUGAAGCAGUUGUGAAGCUUUCAUCCGUGGUUAUAUAAGCAAAUACAGCCAUUCUUCUGCAUCCUCAAAAUGCAUCUUUUCUCAAGUAAAAGACAACUUUUCAUCAAAGGCUUGCUAAAGUGAAGACUUGGACUAUAAGUUUUUCUUUUUCUUUUUUUUUUCUGAGUUGACUUUUUUCUCCAAAUUGAGAACAUUUUUUUUUUAUUGUACACAAAGUAAAAGAAGCUUCUCCGUGAGCUGCUGACAUGGACUAGAAGCCCAUGUGUGGUAGGGCAGCUGCUGCAGCUUGUGGAGUCACAGCCUCGGACUGCUGGGGUGUUUUUUCCUUCAGGGGCCAAGGGAUUUGAUCCCAGAAACAACCUGCCCUAUCAUCUGACUAUCCCACCUGUCUAUAGGCAGUCUGUACUAACCAAUGGCAUGGGUCAAGUUCUUCAGGAAGCCUGGAGGCAAUCUGGGGAAAUCAUACCAGCCAGGAAGCAUGCUUUCUCUGGCCCCCACCAAAGGACUGUUAAAUGAACCGGGCCAGAACAGCUGCUUCCUCAACAGUGCUGUGCAGGUACUAUGGCAUCUGGACAUCUUCAGGCGCAGCUUGAGACAGCUACCUGGGCACUUCUGUCUCGGAGAUUCAUGCAUUUUUUGUGCAUUAAAGGGCAUUUUCUCCCAGUUCCAGCACAGUCGGGAGCGUGCUCUGCCCUCCGACAACCUGCGUCACGCCUUGGCAGAGACCUUUAAGGACGAGCAACGCUUUCAGCUGGGCUUCAUGGAUGAUGCUGCUGAGUGCUUUGAGAACAUAUUGGAGAGAAUCCACCUGCACAUCGUGCCUGAGGAGACAGAUGCCUGCACCUCAAAUUCCUGUAUCACACAUCAGAAGUUUGCCAUGUCACUUUAUGAACAGUCAGUGUGCCGGAGCUGCGGGGCAUCCUCCGACCCACUGCCGUUUACAGAGCUGGUGCAUUACAUCUCCACCACUGCACUCUGUCAACAGAUGCUACAGCGUCGGGAUGAGUCCUUCGGAGAACUGUUACAAGUAGCCAGUACGAUUGGAGACCUUCGAAACUGUCCCAGUAACUGUGGCCAGAGGAUUAGGAUCAGACAAGUCCUCAUGAACUCCCCAGAAAUAGUUACCAUAGGCUUUGUAUGGGACUCUGAUCAGUCAGAUCUCACUGAGGAUGUUAUCCGCUCACUGGGACCUCAACUCAGUCUCUCUGCGCUCUUUUACAGGGUGACUGAUGAACAUGCCAAAAAAGGAGAGCUGCAGCUCGUGGGCAUGAUCUGCUACUCCAGCCGCCACUACUGUGCCUUCACUUUCCACACCAAAUCUUCCAAAUGGAUCUUCUUCGAUGAUGCAACAGUGAAAGAGAUUGGGUCCCGAUGGAAGGACGUGGUGAGCAAAUGUAUAAAAGGUCACUUCCAGCCUCUCCUACUUUUUUACUCCAACCCUGAUGGGAUUGCCAUCACCACAGAAGAUGCCUCAAGACCAAACAGUAGCUUGUCCCACUACAAGACCUCCAUCAAUGGAGAAGUGCAAGGCUUUGAGUCUCCAGUCCCAGUACCCAAGAAACUGGACCUCACCAAAGAGAAUCUGAAGACUCUGCUGGGCCACGACGCUCUCAAAAAGACUCAUUCGACCCUCAGCAGGGGCAGUGCGCAGACUAGUGGAGGACGGGGACCAGGGAAAAUCGGAACCAGCGACCCCAAGAGUCACCUCAGGGAGAUUUCCAAAGAAGUAGCCCAUAGAGCAGGAGAGUUGCGGGGAAUGCAUUCAUCCAGAAGAGACACUGAUAGGAGUGGUCAGCAGAGGGUGGACACACGCUACAGAGAUCCAGGUCAAGACAGGACCUACUCCCGCUCUGCUUCCCCUCCAGAGAAUGGCUUCAAAAACCACAUUGAAACUCGACUGUACAGCAGCCAAGGAAAAGGUCCCACCCGGACUGAGCGAAUGCCGCAGCUCGGCGGCAGGUCCUCUCAUGAACCUUCCCACUCCCACUCAAGGGUCCAAGUGUUGCCCAGUGCUCCCACUGUAAGAAGUGCCCAUCACAGCCGAAGAGCAAACCAGCUCUCCAAUGGAUAUGACACUGACAGCAGCCAAGACUCCCGAGAGCGAAAUGGAGGGAACAGCCGCAGCAGGUCCAGUCGUCCGUGGAGGCCCACGCGGGAGGCGCUAAAUGUGGACAGUGUUUUAAGCAGCAUCGAUGGCGGAAAUUUGACAAGCGAAGAGCAAAGGCACCAUAGCCCUCGGAGAAGACCCAGUAGUCAGUCGCCGUCACGUGACCGAGAGCAAGAUAGAGAUUUUAUGUGGGGAGGCCGGGAAGAGCGCAAACCCAAAAGCCUAAUGACCAUUUACGAGGAUGAGCAAAGGCAUGAAACUGGGGGAAGCCGAAGCUCAUUGGAGUCAGAUAGCCGAGGAGGCCACAAUGACAAGGACAGAUCGAAGAGCUCUGCAACGCUUAAAGUGCGCAGCGAUAACUGGAAGAUUCAAAGAACUGAAUCUGGAUAUGAAAGUAGUGACAGACUUAGCAAUGGUUCAGCAAACCUUGACUCCCCUGUUGUAGAGGGCCUCUCAUCCAAGGACCUCCAGCCUAUACCUGAGCUGAGGGAUCCCUUCCCUCAGAGAGGACGUGAUGAUUACAAGACUGAUGUCUUGUACUCAACAUUUUCUACUGGUGAGAUGGGGAGAAAAUCUCCAGAUCUGCAUGACUCCAACAUCCUGUCUUGUCAACCCAUACAAAGAAAAAAAGCCUUUAGGUAUACACCUGGGGUGUUGGAAAAGAACAAUGGGCUGGAUAGCGAACAAGAUGAAAACGUAGAUGGCAGCCCUGCGAGCCCCGUGCCUCCUUACUUAGCCAAGACCAGCAGCUCUGAGUGGAACAGCUCAGAUGACCUUGCUGGGCCUUUCUCUGAACAAGAAGAGACUGUAGACUCCUAUUUGCACAGCUAUCUGCCACCUUUACCCCCGAAGACUUUUGGCAACAUUCACCCUGACCUAUCUGGCAUCCGCUUGCUACCACCAGAGGUGCCAGCACGGCAGAGCCCCUGCAACGAGCCCAAAAAUGGCAUGUCCCCGCUCAUGCACACCACUCUCCGGCGUUGGAUUGAGACACCUGCCGAGCACAGGCUUUCAUCUGACGCCAGUUCCAAGUCGGGGUCAUCAGACCAGGAAAGGAACGAUCUGUCGGCCAGCGAGAGCGACGACAGGUUACCCAGCCCAAAGCCCAGACACGAUGAUGGGACAGACUCCACCUCUCUGAAAGAUAUAGUUCUUCCCACUACCUUUUUUUCUGUGGAUAGCUGUAUGACAGAUACCUACCGGGCCAAAUACCACAAAAAGCCUGCUUCGUACAUGAAAGCAGAGGACCAUACCUCAUCAGGAGAGAGUGAUGUGGAAGGGAGGGGGCUCCCUUUUACAAAUGUUCAGCCUUUAGAACCUUCCAGAAGCAGAGCAGAAUCAGGUUAUUCUACAACAAAAACUACUGCAAAGUGGAAUCCGGUAACCCCAAGAGGACUUGACGAGCAUGGUUUUCUAUGAUUGUAGCAACAGCACCAAUUUUAACUUUGAAUGAUUCUGUGACUGGAUGCUGAAAGAAACAAGGUUUUUGUUUGUUUUGUUUUAUUUUUAACAGUGAUAUGUGUUUGUAACAUAAGGUUGAGAAUUAAACUGGAUGAGGAGAUUGUAAAAAAAAAAAAAUAAAAAUAAUGGCAGAUUUCUUUAAUUAGCCAUUUGGCUACUGAAAGCUUUGAAAAACUAAUUUGCACAGUGCUAGA